UGCGGAACUUCAGGUUCCAAUGUCCCAACCGCGUCGAGUGUCGACGAAGCUAUCGCUCAACUUCGAGCUGACCUAGAAGGAUCCGCUGAAUCAGGUGCCGUCACACCAGUCGUCAGUACUGGAGCUACGACGACAGAGCAUUCAAACGGCUGUAAGGUAUUCGAUACCUGUUACUCAAAUGACGACUGCCCUGGUGGGUCAUGUCUGGGAACGUUCGUCGGUAAAUGCAAUUGCCAGGGAUGCAUGAACUUCUUCAGUUGUAAAACGGAUGCCGACUGUGGAGGACUGAAGGGUGCAUGUUCUAAGUUCAAAUUCUGCGAUUGCAAUGAAGGCUUCAAGAAGGCCGGCUACCCGUUUUUCAUAGAUGCCAUGACGAUGUUCUGCAAUCAGAAGACCUGCAAAGGUGAUACUGCAGAUGAAGAUUGCUUCGGACUACAGUGUAAUUCAGGACGAUGCAUAUGUUGA